AUGUCCCUCAAGGUCCCCCAGUAUGUUUUUGGUAUCACGGAAGCUUUCAAGGCCGACACUUUCGACAAGAAGAUCAACCUCGGUGUCGGCGCCUACCGCGAUGACGCUGGAAAGCCCUAUGUCCUGCCCUCUGUCCGUCAGGCUGAGGAGAAGGUGAUUGCCUCGCGCCUCAACAAGGAGUACGCUGGCAUCACCGGUGUCCCCGAGUUCACCAAGGCUGCUGCCGUUCUCGCCUAUGGCAAGGACUCCCCGGCCCUCGACCGUGUCGCCAUCACCCAGUCCAUCUCCGGUACUGGCGCCCUCCGCAUUGGCGGCGCUUUCCUCGCCAGGUUCUUCCCCGGCGCAAAGACCAUCUACAUUCCCCAGCCCUCAUGGGCCAACCACGCCGCCGUCUUCAAGGAUUCCGGCCUCGCCGUGGAGAAGUACGCCUACUACAACAAGGAGACCAUCGGCCUCGACUUCGAGGGCAUGAUCGCCGACAUCAACAAGGCCCCCAACGGCUCCAUCUUCCUCUUCCACGCCUGCGCCCACAACCCCACCGGUGUCGACCCUACUCCCGAGCAGUGGAAGGAGAUCGAGGCGGCCGUCAAGGCCAAGGGUCACUACUCCUUCUUCGACAUGGCCUACCAGGGCUUUGCCUCGGGUGACAUCCACAAGGAUGCCUUUGCCGUCCGCCACUUUGUCGCCCAGGGUCACAACGUUGCUCUCUCCCAGUCGUUCGCCAAGAACAUGGGUCUCUACGGCGAGCGCAUCGGUGCCUUCUCCAUCGUCUGCGAGAACGCCGAGGAGAAGAAGCGCGUCGACUCCCAGAUCAAGAUCCUCGUCCGCCCCAUGUACUCCAACCCCCCCAUCCACGGUGCCCGCAUCGCCGCCGAGAUCCUCAACACCCCCGCCCUCUACGACCAGUGGCUCGUCGAGGUCAAGGAGAUGGCCGAUCGCAUCAUCACCAUGCGUGCCCUCCUCAAGGAGAACCUCGAGAAGCUCGGCAGCAAGCACGACUGGAGCCACAUCACCAGCCAGAUUGGCAUGUUUGCCUACACUGGCCUGUCGCCCGAGCAGAUGGAUGCGCUGGCCAAGGAGCACAGCGUCUACGCCACCCGCGACGGCAGAAUCUCGGUUGCUGGCAUCACCACCGGCAACGUCGGGAGACUGGCCGAGGCCAUCUUCAAGGUUACCGGUUGA